AUGUGUUACUGUACGGUGCCUGAUUUGAUCCUUUGCCUCAUGGCAUUUAUUCUCCCACCCGUGGCAGUACUCAUUCGAUCUGGACCUUAUUCACCUGAUCUACUAUUGAAUAUUGUCUUGACUUUGCUAGGUGGUCUACCUGGAAUUGUCCAUGCGAUUUAUUACAUUAUGAUCACCAGUCCUAUAAGAGCAGAUCCAGAUUCAAGUCAAUAUGAUCAGCCAUGGGAAGGACAGAGAUACAGAAGACCAAUAACGCUGGUUACGGAGCAACCACAGGCGAAUACUUCGCUUUUGGCAUCAUCACAGAAUGUAUCAUACCACGGGAGCUCUCAGUAUCAUGCGGCCGCAGACGGAGCAACUCAGGAUACCAAACAAUACCAGGGUCCUCCUCCGCCAUACGUUGAAUUAGUGUAA